AAUAAUAAUAAUAUAAAAGAAAGGAAUAGUUCCCCAGCGGCAGAAACCGAGCCUUGUGAUCUGUCAACCCCGAGCCUCAGAUUCAUAACUCCACGUAGGGUCGGAAAGCCGUUUCACCUCCAAACCUCCAUCAUUAAACAAAUAAAAAUAAAUUGACCCGAAACGAAGGAAAACAAGAGAAAAAUAAAUAAAAAUGUCUCGUAAUUGCUGCCCGCCCCCCACACACAAAACACACAGUCACACAGUAGAGUCUCUAGUGUGAGAAACAACAACAACAACAACAACAAGAGCCUGCAGUGUAUAGCAUACCCAUUUCCCAUCUUUCCACCUUCUCCAACCCAAUAUCAAAAAACCCUCCAUCUCGAUCAUACUUUCUCUCUCUACCAUUUUUAUUAAACAUACAAACCACCGCUCUGCAUUCCAUUUGACUGCGCCACAACGAUCAACAAAGAAAAGAAAAGAAAUAUUAAUUUGUUUGAGGAUCGGAGAAUAUGAGAAGGGGCAAUGGGUUUACUUAUAAUACUAUGGUUUUAUUAAUUGUGGUGUUGCAAUAUUGUGGGUUUCUCGCGCAUGCAGUGCUGAACCCGGUCGAUUUCUUGGCGUUGCAGUCGAUUCGGAAGAGCUUGGCCGAUUUGCCCGGCUCCAAUUACUUUUCUUCCUGGGAUUUCACUUCCGACCCCUGUAGUUUCGCCGGUCUUUACUGCGACGGAGACCGGGUCGUCGCUCUCAAUCUCGGCGAUCCUCAGGCCGGCUCUCCCGGUUUGACGGGUCGACUCCACCCGGCCAUCGGCCGACUCUCCGCCCUCGCCGAGUUAACCCUCGUCCCGGGUCGGGUUGUCGGCUCCUUACCCCAUUCUCUUUCUCAACUGAAGUACCUCCGGUUUUUGGCCCUCAGCCGUAAUUUCAUCUCCGGCGUCAUACCGGCGGGUCUGGGUCAGCUCCGGGGUCUAACGACUCUCGAUCUCAGCUUCAACCAACUCGCCGGAAACAUCCCACUUUCCGUCGGAGCACUGCCGGCGCUGUCAAACGUUAUUCUCUCCCACAACCGGCUCAACGGUUCGAUUCCGGCGUUUGUGUCACAAAGUCUAGCCCGGCUGGAUUUAAAGCACAACAAUCUGUCGGGAUGGCUGCCGCCGCCGCCUGGGCUUCCGCCGUCGAUCCAGUACCUAUCGCUGUCGUCGAACCGCCUUUCCGGUCCAGUGGACCGGGCACUGUCUCCCUUAAACCGGCUAAACUACAUCGAUCUCAGUAUGAACCAAUUCACCGGGUUCAUCCCGGUUAAUCUGUUCGCUUCCUCCAUCACAAACCUCCAACUCCAGAGAAACCAGUUCUCCGGACCGGUUCAGCCGGUUAACCCGGUGACAACCCCGACGGUCGAUCUGAGCUACAACCGGCUGUGGGGUGAAAUAUCACCAAUGUUCUCGACCGUACAGAAUUUGUACCUGAACAACAACCGGUUCACGGGUCAGGUACCGGCUACAUUAGUGGACCGGUUAUUAGACUCGAGCAUACAAACGCUGUAUUUACAGCACAACUAUUUGAGUGGGAUUGAGAUUAAUCCAACGGUGGAGAUUCCUCUGAGCUCAUCUUUGUGUCUACAGUAUAACUGUAUGGUCCUGCCCGUACAGACGCCUUGCCCUCUCAAAGCCGGUUCGGCCAAAUCACGCCCUACUUCGCAGUGCAUCGAGUGGAAAGGGUAACACUGGGAAUUCACACUUUUUAAGUAGGGGUAUAAUGGGAAUUUUUGUUCUUCCAAAGGUUAAUGGUUUUUAUUUGUUAGAAUCAAAUAUUCUUUUAUUUAUUUAUUUGUUUGUGGUAAUAUAGAUAAUUAGGUGGGGAAUAUCCAGUGUGGUGUUCUGGGGAUUUCCAAUAUUUUGGUGAAAAUAAUUCAAUAGUAUUUCAAUAUUCUGUAAUUCUAUAUUUUUUAAUAGUUCAGUAAUUAGUAUUUUU